GGGCGGUCUCUAACGAUGCCAUUGCACCGCCGAACGCGGCUCCCAGCAGGAAGGCUAUAAAUACACAUGCAUCGCGGGGUAAACAAACUUGACCUCAGUGGAAUUCUUAUCGGUGUAUAUCUUUGAUGCGGAGUCGUAUAUACGGCGAUGCUGUUUUUAAGGUUAUGCCGUAUUCUAUCCCCUUUGCUGGCUCACCAUCGUCGUCGCGUUUUCGUCGUUGCGUCGUCGUUGUCGUCGUGUCGUCGUCGUCUUCUGUACUAUACCCUUAACGUAACAUAAGUGGAACGUGUGUGUGUGUGUGUGUGUGUGUGUAUGUGAGUGUGUAUGUGUGUGUGUGUAUGUGUGUGUAUGUGUCUCUACCGAUUUGAAGUUCCGAGUUAAAAAGUAAUCUAGGAGUAAACGCAGAUUUUAAUAGAAGAUCAUCUCUGCUCUGAAGCCUUAGUGACUUGCAUGAUCAUAAACGCUCUACAACUUAUCUACAAGCUAACGUGUGAUAUAAAAUGAAGUGGUCCCCGGGUGCUCUGUUUUGUGAACAAGUGGGUGAACUUACUCGGGUAUUCUCUCAGUGGAACGAGUGCGAACAAACCGUGGUACUUUAUGCUCUACUUCGUCGCAUCCCUGCUGUUCAAGCAAGAUUUCUGGCGCAGGCUGUACAACAUUCUCUUCACUCUGUUUCUGAGUUGGAUACACAAGAAUUGAAUGCUAACAAUCCAGCCUUCAUUAAUUCAUUACUCACAGAACCGACUGAAGUUGCAAUCAAUCAACUUUUAACACAUCUCCCGCUUUUAAGGCCUGGAAAUGUAGAAUGCAAACAAUGUUAUCUUAUAGCAAUACCUGAGUUAGUGAGUCAUUGUGUGACCACUGGUCAAUAUACAGAACAGACACAGCAGUUGCUAAGUUACACGUUAAUUCAUCCUGCUAUAACUAGUCAAGACAGACGCUCAUUAACCCAAUGGCUAAGGCAUCUCGAAGAACGUAUCAGUGGCACUCCAUCUAUUCAUAGCCUCGAAGAAUAUACGAACACCUCAACUAGGUGGGAUAAUGUAUGGCAAAGAAGUUCUAAACAGCAACAACAACAACAACAACAACAACAACAAUCAAAUGAACAAACACAUUUGUUUGGCACACAGCCUACUACUACAUUUAAUUUACAGUUUCCUCCUCCCGUAACUCGUCAACGUCGUUCAAAUAGUUUGACUCCUCCUGUUGCACCACCACAUCAUCUUGAAGUCGUUGAUCGUAGUAACAAUGCAAAUAAUUCCACAAGACACAAACCACGCAGUUUUAGUAUCUCCGGAGAUCAUACCAGCAAUCUAAUAGGUUUAGGUCCUCUUAGUCCACAGAGUUCUUGCGCAAGUAGUGGUAGUGAGGGUCGUUUAGAUGAAGCUUCGAAUCGUACAUUGGCAAGUGGAAUGAAAGAUGUACCAUCAUGGCUUAAGACAUUACGCCUUCACAAAUAUAGCUACUUGUUUGUUACCCUAAGUUACGAAGAAAUGUUACAAUUAACCGAAGAACAAUUAGCCGAGCAAGGUGUAACAAAAGGAGCCAGGCAUAAGUUAGCUCUUUCAAUUGCUAAAUUGCAACAACGUUACACGACUCUUGUUAACUUAGAAAAAGAUCUGUUACAACCAACUCGUGAUGGUACACAAGGAACUUCAUUUUCACAAGGGCCAAUACUGCUUGUCAAUACUCUUGAUGAAUUGAAGACAAUAUUAGCUACACCUUUAAAACCAAGUCAGGAAAGUGAUCCUCAGGAUAUACCUGCGCAGUUUACGAAAGUCCUUGGAAAACUUUGUAGCAGACUUGCACUGGAUAGUGUAGACGAUGGAAUUUUAUGUGCAUGCAUUAAUAUAUUAGAAAAAGUAUUGCAACAUGACUGCUUUACUCCAAAUCAAAAGGAGAAGGUACAACAAUGGCGUAGCAGACUUGGCAAUCCACGACCCACACCAAAAUGGCAAUAUAAUUAUGGAUAUAAUAAUCGAAGAUUCUGUAAUCUUCAACAACACAAUAGAAAACCGAGUUUAAAUUUGAGUCAUAUUCACAAUACUCAUUCACAUAACAAUUCUUUUACCAUCAGCCCACAUAGAAAUAGUAUAUCUACACCGUACAUACAAAAUAAUCAGAUCCAAACUAUGAAUCAGAAUAACUUACGUCCAGUACAUACGGCUGAGAAAAGACCUAGCUUACAGGAGAAUAGUUUGGAGCAACUUCAAAGAACGUUGCAACGAACAUACAGUGCACCAAGAGAUCAUUUUCUUGGCCAAGGAGGUGGUGGUGGCGGAGGAGGAGGAGGUGGUGGUAGUGGACCGGAAACAACAGAACCGGAAAUAAAUUCAAGCCUUGAAUCUCUCUGCUUGAGAAUGACCGAACAAGCGAUUGGUGGUUUUGGUGAAGUCUAAAAGAACAUUUCUCCUCCGUGGCCAUAUUAAUGGACGUAUCGUAAGUUCCGUUUAAAAACGAAAAAAAAAACAAACAAACAAACAAAAAAACCAGAAAACAAAACAAAGAUCACACACUAAUACUUGUCCAAAUAAUCAAGCAUUGCCAAAAGUGGGUAAGAAAAGGGAGGGGGUGGGGAUAAAUGGGUAAGAAAAGAAAAAAUAUAUGCGGUGAAUAUUGAAAUCAAUGAAAAUGAUGGAGAUGCGAAUGAAAUUGAAAUUGGUCGGUGAUCAUAAACGACAUAUAUAUAUAUAUAUAUAUAUAUAUAUAUAUGUAUAUAUAUAUGUAUAUAUAAUACAUAUAUAUAUAUAUGUAUAUGUAUAUAUAUAUAUAUAUAUGUAUUCGCAUAUUUUAUUGCGAUAAGAAUAUAAAUAUAAUAUUACACUCUCACGCUUUAAUAACACUACCAAAUGAAGAUGAAGAAGAAGAAGAAGAAGAAAGAAAGAAAAAAAAAAGUAAAUGUUCGACAAUUGAAAUGAUUGCGUAAAAAGAAAAGAUGAGAUCAUAAGUAUGUGGACGACGUGAUCAUAAAUGACUCAAAUAUAUAUAUAUGUGAAUCAUAUUUUUUAUUAUAUCCGAUGCAAUUCUACUGUUAUAUGAAACUGACAGAAUUUGGCGAGCCAAAUGCUAUUAGAAAGAUAGAUUCUUUCCUUGACUUAGCUGCAUCUAUAGAAAAAAAAAAAAAGAAAAAAAAAAUUAUAUGAAUAAAAUAUAUAUAAAUAUAUGUAUAUGUAUACACACAA